AUGACAACACUUCAACAGUCCAACUCCCAAGGCGUUCGUGCCGACAAGCUUGUCGCUCUCCCAAGCUUGUCAUGCGGUCUCUCUUCAUUACCUCAAGCAAAAAGCAUGGACAGCGUGUCACUACAUCCAAACAUGUAUGCGCAGCGGGCAGCUGAAAGCGAAGCCAAGCUGAAAAACGUCCUGUCCAAGACUGCUGCAUCACACUCGCAGAAUCCUCCACCCGUCCCUACAUACAUGAACCCGCCUCACCAAAACGCAAAUUCGCCCAAUUCGUCUUCGCCCUUGAUGAUGCGGAAAUCUAAACCAAAAUUCUCGGCCUGA